AUGGCGUCUCUCAUAGCGAUUCGACACGCACGAAGCAUGACGCUGUCUUCCUUCUUCAAGACACGAUGUCCUCUGCCCCCUCCUCGUUUCACCUCCAUCCACAACAACAAUUACAACAACAUCAGAACUCUAAGCACCUCUGUGGUUCCGGGAACAAUAGACCUUCGAGAAUCAGUGCGCAACCAAACCGACGUCGGCCUAAGAAUGACGAAGCACCUGUUUCAAACUAAAGCCAACGGGAAGAACAUGGUGUACUCGCCGCUGUCCAUUCAUACUUUGCUAAGCCUGACGGCAGCUGGUACAAAGGGUGCAACCCAAGACGAGCUGCUCUCUUUCCUAAAGUCUAAGUCCACCGCCGAACUCAACUCCCUCGCCUCCAAUCUCGUCCCUCUGGUGUUUGCCAACGGCUCCCCCAGCGGCGGUCCGUGCUUGUCCUUUGCGAAUGGCCUUUGGAUCGACAAGUCUCUCCCUUUCAAGCCUUCUUUCAAAGAGGUGGUGGAUACUUCUUACAAGGGGGUUCCAAAGCAAGUCGAUUUCCAGAACAAGGCCGAAGAAGCCAGAACUGAAGUCAACUCAUGGGCUGCAAAAGAGACUAAGGGCCUUAUUACAGAGGUUCUUCCUUCAGGGACAGUUAAUAGCUCAACAAGGCUCAUCUUGGCAAAUGCAUUAUACUUCAAAGGAGCUUGGGAUGAAGAUCCGUUUGAUGGCUCAAAAACGAAGGACUAUGUCUUCCACCUUCUCAAUGGUAGAUCAAAUAUAAAGGCACCCUUCAUGACUAGCCGCAACGACCACUUUAUAAAGGCCUUUGACGGCUUCAAAGUAUUGAAACUCCCAUACAAACGAGGAAAGGAUGAGCAGCGGCGUUUUUGCAUGUGCUUGUUUCUUCCAGAUGAAAAGGAUGGGCUACCUGCUCUUGUUGAGAGAGUUUGUUCUGAGCCUGGCUUCUUAGAUCGCCAUAUUCCACGUUGCGAUGUUGAAGUGGGUGACUUUAGAAUCCCAAAGUUUAAGAUUACUUCUAGGUUUAAAGUUUGUGACAUUCUCAAGCAGUUAGGUUUGGAGCUUCCCUUCCUUUUUGAUCCAUAUAAAGGAGGCAACUUGACAGAGAUGGUGGAAUCGCCUCCGGGUGAGGACCCUUUUGUUUCAGAUAUUCUCCAGGGAGCGGUCAUUGAAGUUAAUGAAGAAGGAACGGAAGCUGCAGCUGUUACAGCUUUUGUAAAGAAGGCAGGGUCGAUGCUAUAUAAGCCUAGGAAGAAGAUAGACUUUGUGGCAGAUCACCCAUUCUUGUUUUUUAUCAGAGAGGAAAUGACUGGAGCGGUGUUGUUCAUCGGGCAGCUGCUCAGUCCUCUACAAGACUGA